UUGCUCGGGAAAAGCAUCAAAAAAAAAAGUCGGAACAAAGUGUUGACUUUAAGCUUUGUGAAUCCUCCAAAACCAAAUCCAUUGCUGAUGAAAUUGAUACAGAAUUGCGAUGCUAGAUUCUGAUUAGUCCUCAGAGAUUCGUCUGUUUUUUUUCAAAGAUAUCGACUUUCAGCAAAAGUUCUUUCUCUUCCCACUCAUGGACACGACUUCUGAAUUGUCCUCCUCCAUGGUUCGACUUAACAUUGGUGGGAAGAAGUUCUGUACUACCAUUGAUACUUUGACUAACCGUGAGCCUGACUCAAUGCUCGCUGCCAUGUUUAGUGGCCGUCACGCUAUGUCCAACGAAUCCAAAACGGGAUAUGUAUUCAUAGAUAGAGAUGGGAAGCACUUCCGACAUAUCUUAAACUGGCUGCGUGAUGGCAUUGCUCCUACUCUCUCAGAUCCUGAUUGUUCUGAGCUUUUGCGCGAAGCAGACUACUACCAGCUUCUUGGGCUGAAAGAAAUAUUAAAAGCUUCAAGGAGAGAGACUGGUGAGGUAGAAGCUGAAUUAACGCGUGUGGAUAUCAUCAAAUGUAUACAAUCAGAAAGAGUCAGGUUCCGAGGAGUUAAUCUUUCUGGAAUUGAUCUUUCUAAGCUGGACCUGUCCCUUGUGGAUUUCAGCUAUGCUUGUCUGAGGAAUGUGUUUUUCUCUCGUACAAAUCUUCAGUUAGCUAAAUUUCGUGAUGCUGAUGCAGAGGGCUCCAUCUUUCACAAUGCUAUUCUGCGCGAGUGUGAGUUUACUAGCGCAAACCUUAGAGGAGCGUUGUUAGCUGGUACAAGUCUUCAGAGUGCUAAUUUACAAGAUGCAUGCUUAGUGGACUGUAGCUUCUGUGGUGCAGAUCUCCGCUCUGCACACUUGCAGAAUGCAGACCUUACAAAUGCCAACUUAGAAGGAGCAAAUUUAGAAGGUGCAAAUUUGAAGGGUGCAAAGUUGAGUAAUGCCAACUUCAAAGGAGCGAACCUUCAGCGAGCUUACUUGAGGCAUGUGAAUCUUCGAGAAGCGCAUUUGGAAGGGGCAAACCUUGGUGGUGCUAAUAUGACCGGUGCUAUCCGAUAACCUCUUUUGUUCAGACAGACUUGUAAGUCUUGUCUUAUAUUUAUUUGUCACUGCUGCUUUUGGCAAAUGGUUUGAGUUUAUAUGGAAGUAAACAUAAACGUUGGAUCUCAAAGCUUCUUUGUUGAAAUAUUUUUAUAUUUUCUUUGCUGAUAAAUGUUGUCUUUCUCUAAUUAUGUUUGCUUGUAAAUGAUGUCUAGUGUGACCCUAAGAAAGUUAUAAGAGAA